CAGAACCACAUUUCCUGGGAAGUGUUGUUUCUCUGUUAUAGCAGUUUACUGACUAACUGUAACAUAUAGGAAAACUAACAGAACACACAGACACGUGACCUACAGCUAAUAAGUAUUUGGAGUGGAAGGCUCAAUAGAUUCCCUGAGGAUACCGUUCAGAAGGAUGGGAUAUACAUUUGGAUAACUUCAUGGAUACUUUAUGUGAAGUAAGAAUAAUCCAUUCUCCAUGGCUUGGCUAAAUUGGCAGUUACAUUCCUGGCCAAACAUAAAUGGCAGGCUCUAAGCCUCACGGAUUACUUACUACAACAAGUGAAACAACAUCAGACCCUGUCCUCCUGAGUGAGGUCCACCAAGAGGCUCUGUUCUUUGGAGAUAACUUCACUGAGGGGCCUCAACUGACAGGCUUUGUCAUCCUUCUGAGUGAUCUCCACCGAGAGGUCUCUGACCAUGAAGGACCGCCUGGAGGAGCUGCGUCAGAGGGCCCAGGGUUUUCAGGAGGCGAGCAGAGAGACAGAUACCCCAUUCCCUGAGGAAGAUGCUGACCCAGAUGCCCCAUUGGGGGUUAUGGUCGCCACCCCGCAGCAGGCUGUGGUGUUCGAGCAAGAACCAGUCCUGCACAACUUCCUGUCCGAGGCUCAGCAUAUCCGCGGUGACAUCACUGAGCUGGAAACGGAGGUGAAGAAGUUCAGCCAGCAACAAAGGACCCUGGUUGCGACCAUGCGUCGUUUCAGUGUGAUGAAGAAGGAGAGCAGUGUGACGAGGGACAUCAAGCUGCAGGCAGAGAGCAUCCACAGACGGCUGGAUGCCCUCUUCAAGAAGGCACAGAGUUUAGAAGACAUGCAGGGACUGGCUACAGCCGCUACACGCAUUCAACGCUCCCAACACGCAGCGCUACUUAGACAAUUCCAACAGGUGAUGUGUCUGUACAACAACUCCAUCCUCAGUAAACAGGAGCAUUGUAAAAGCUUCAUCAUCCGCCAGCUGGAGGUGUUUGGUCGUGACGUCACCGAGGAGGGAGUCGAUGAAAUGGUUGCCACAGGGAAGUGGGAGGUGUUCAACCAGAACCUCCUCAACGACGAACGCAUCACACGCGCUCAGCUGUCCGAGAUCGAGCAGAGACACAAGGAGCUACUGAAUCUGGAGAGCAACAUGAAGGAGCUGAGAGAUCUGUUCAUGGAUAUCUUUAUGUUGGUGGAGGAGCAAGGAGGCUACAUAGACAACAUCCAGACCAGCGUAGAGAAGACACAGGACUACGUCACCAUCACUAACGAGAAAUGUAAAAUGGCCACCAGGUACAAGAAGAAGAACCCUCUAAGGAGACUGUGCUGCUGUUCCUGCCCCUGGAGGUGCUGCACAUAGAGAAGGGACAAGUCCCCUGAACACUGGAGAUAGCCCUGGAGGUUUUUCAGAUGGGGAGAGGAAGAGCUCUGGUGUGGAGUGUCUACAGGUAUGGGAGGGAAAUCUCUAGGGUGGCAUGGCAGAACAGUGUUCAGAGAAGAUUUAAGCCCAUUACAGUGAUCAGAAAUCAUCCAGGAACAAGAGGAUUGUACGAGGCUGUGCAGUUGAAGCAGAGUGGGAGUCAGUGUCUCCACUCAUGAGGGACAACUUUAACGCAAGACAAUGCAUUUUGAGAAUCAGCAAGACUGUUUAACUGCACAGAAGUAUUCACAAUGUGGAAACAGAUUGAAUUUUACUUUCAUUAAUCAUUGCAAGUAUUUAUUUAAGUGCGAGUUUUUGUAUUUACUCAAACUUUUGUGUAUGUACAAUACAUAUGAAUGUAUUUAUCUGAGAGUUUCACUUCAAAUCAGGCAGGCUCAAUGGGAAAUGUGUUUUAUUUCAAGAUUUCACUGUGAAUUAAGCAAUUUCACAUUG